AGCGCAACGAGACCGCUUACGAGAACUACCACAGGAUCUUCGUCCCUGAAGGUAAGCCACUGAAAUGCAAACCGAAGGAGCCACUGAGAGUCAACGCGAUGUUCCAGCACAUUCAGAAGAUGCUCUCUAGUGAAACCGCCGUGAUUGCUGAAACCGGUGAUUCUUGGUUCAACUGCCAGAAACUGAAGCUGCCUAAAGGAUGCGGGUACGAGUUUCAGAUGCAGUACGGGUCGAUCGGGUGGUCAGUUGGUGCGACGCUGGGAUAUGCACAGGCGGUACCAGAGAAGCGAGUGUUGGCCUUCAUCGGGGACGGGAGUUUCCAAGUGACGGCUCAGGACAUAUCCACGAUGCUGCGUAACGGUCAGAAAACGAUCAUCUUCCUGAUCAACAAUGGUGGCUACACCAUUGAAGUAGAGAUUCAUGACGGUCCAUACAACGUGAUCAAGAACUGGAACUACACCGGUCUCGUCGAUGCCAUUCAUAACGGUGAAGGCAAAUGCUGGACUACAAAGGUGAGGUACGAGGAGGAGUUGGUGGAAGCGAUUAAGACGGCGACAUCGGAGAAGAAAGAUUGUCUCUGUUUCAUCGAAGUGAUUGUUCACAAAGAUGACACAGAGACAAUCAUGCUACACGGUCCAUCUUACUCUGCAGAUAUGCUUCUAAGCCACCUUAAUAUACGGGACGACACUCUAAAGAUCAAUGUCUUGAAUUGUCACACACUAUUACAUUUAGGCGCAAAUGUGGGAGGCAAAUGUCAAGAUUGCCCCUUAUCAGGGCUUAACGAGUCUAUCGGCUCGCCGUUAGUCAACGAAACCAUGAAAGUCAACUCACUGUAAAUGACAGUCUCUGCCAUUGGAAUAAAUUGAGGAGACAAUUAUUCGAAUUCACUCAUUUAAUUAUAUCUCAAUCUUCGUCUCUCCAUGGUAGGAACUCGCCAACCAAACACUCCGUAUCUCGUCUUCAUCUUCUUCUUCACUCUCACCGUCGCUACACGAUCCACCGGCUCGGUUAACUGUCGAACCGGUUCGCUUCGUUACCCGUUCGGUUUAUCCGAUGGUUAUCCAAUCCGAUUCAACUGCUCGAAGAAAACGGGAGAUGCGGAAAUCGGAGAGUUCUCUGUGCAGGAAGUGACAAACGCAAACAUCUACGUGGAGAUCCCGCCGGCGUGCAAACGCGAGAUCCGCAAAAUCCAGCAGCUCUUCGGUGAGAACUUCGCUCCGUCGAAUUCAAACAACGUAAUUCUGGUCCAGGGAUGCACGCAGAACAAAUCGUCGUCUAAUUGUUUGAUCAGGAGUAGAUUCGUUGAAGAUCGGUUGAAUCUCAGUAGAUGUAAAAUUCCGGUUACAUGCCUCGACGAAGAGGAGACGACGACGACAACGGCCGAUGUGAUGAGUGUCGGAGACGUUGUUAACCGGAGCGGAUGCGAGUACUGGUUCUCUUCUAUUGCGCCUCGGUCGAAGAAUACCAAAUCGCAAGUCUCGAUCGCUUUGGGUCGACUCAAGCUCGAUUGGUGGCUUAAGGACCGUUGCAGCAACACGUCUUGCUCGGCGAACGCAACCUGUACGGAUGUCAAGCUCGCCGGCGGUGGAUUCGGUCAUCGCUGCGCUUGUCUCGAAGGCUUUCGCGGCAACGCCUUCACCGUGCACCAGGGUGGUUGCCGAUCAGUUGGUAAACGCAAGGGAGGAGUACAACACAAACUCAUUGUCCUUGGUACUGCAGGGAUUUUGAUUGGCGUUUCACUAAUUGCGAUCUUGGUAUUUGCUUAUAUGCAUCGCCACAAGCGUUCUGCGUCUUCCGCAAGAGCAUCAAUCGCGAAUCGCUUGCUCUGUGAGCUCGCCGGAAACUCCAGCGUUCCCUUCUACACCUACAAAGAGAUCGAGAAAGCUACCGACAGUUUCUCCGACAAGAACAAACUCGGAACGGGAGCGUACGGAACAGUCUACGCCGGAGAAUUCCCAAACAGGUCAUGGGUCGCUAUAAAACGUCUGAGACGCAAAGACACCACAAGCGUCGACCAAGUCGUGAACGAGAUCAAGCUUCUUUCCACCGUGAGCCACCCUAACCUCCUUCGCCUCUUGGGCUGCUGUAUCGCCCAAGGAGAACCGUUCCUAGUCUACGAGUUCAUGCCAAACGGAACGCUUUCUCAGCAUUUGCAACACGAGAUGAGAGACAGCACGCCGCUUUCUUGGCCGCUACGUCUCUCCAUCGCGUCUCAAACCGCAAACGCAAUCGCACAUCUCCACUCUUCGGUAAACCCUCCCAUCUACCACCGUGACAUCAAAUCCAGCAACAUCCUCCUCGACAACGAAUUCAACACCAAGAUCUCCGAUUUCGGACUCUCUAGGCUCGGCAUGUCAGCCGAUUUCGACGCGUCUCAUAUCUCCACGGCUCCACAAGGCACUCCAGGAUACUUGGACCCUCAGUACCACCAAGAUUUCCAGCUCUCAGACAAGAGCGAUGUCUACAGCUUUGGAGUUGUUCUCAUUGAAAUCAUCUCAGGGUUUAAAGUCAUCGACUUUUCUCGUCCCUACACUGAAGUGAACCUAGCGGCUCUUGCCGUUGACAGGAUCGGGAGAGGGCGUGUGGUAGAUAUCAUUGAUCCCUGCUUAAAGACAGACAACGAUCCCAAAAUGUUCGCUUCUGUCCAAAACUUAGCCGAACUGGCGUUUCGCUGUCUAUCCUUUCACAGAAACAUGAGGCCUACAAUGAUGGAGGUUGCAGAAGAUCUCCAGCGGAUUAAGCGUAUGUACUUUGCUACGGAGACAGGGAGCUCCAAAAACAGAUCCGAGACCGAUAUGAAGAGAUUAAAUAGCCAAUAAUCAUCUCCGAGAGUACAAAUGUCGCCACAGGAAAUUAGCUGAGAUCUGUCUUGGACUCUCUCUUUUUUUUUGGGUUCCUUGUGUAAGAAGCAAAGAACAUAAAAGCCCACAACAAUAUAACUGGAGAAGUCCAAUAGGCUUUGUAUAUUCACUUCAUAAAUCAAUACAAAAAUGUACAAUUCCAUGUUUUGUAAAAGUGUGAAUCUGUAUAAUUGUAGGGGUUGAUGUUCUUUGCUAAUUGUGUGUUCGUGUUGAUUGAUACUGUUUUAUUCAAUUAUAUAUUUAUCCUAAAACUGUUGAUA